GGGUCACAUGCUGGUGAGCUCUUGUCACUCUCUCAACCCUGAUCCCUUCAGGCACCAGUCAGUGCAGCUCAGCCAUGGCCAAGGCGGCUCCACGCACCGUGCUGAUCACCGGCUGCUCCUCGGGCAUCGGGCUGCGGAUGGCUGUGCAACUGGCCCAGGAUCCAAGCAAGCGAUUUCAUGUCAUCGCCACCAUGCGCGACCUGCGCAAGAAGGACAAGCUGGAAGCAGCUGCAGGGGACACACUCAACAGGACACUCAGCAUCCAACGCCUUGAUGUCUGCAGUGAGGAGUCUGUGACCGAGUGCAUGAACAGCCUUCCUGAGAAACGGCUGGAUGUGCUGGUGAACAAUGCUGGCGUGGGGCUCGUUGGCCCUGUGGAGUCCAUAUCUAUUGACGACAUGAAGCGUGUCUUUGAGACCAACUUCUUUGGGGCCAUCCGCAUGAUCAAAGCAGUUCUCCCCGAGAUGAAACGGUGUCAGAAAGGGCACAUUGUGGUCAUCAGCAGUGUCAUGGGAUUGCAAGGUGUCCCCUUCAACGAUGUCUAUGCUGCCUCCAAAUUUGCCAUGGAAGGUUUCUGUGAAAGUCUAGCUGUACAGCUCCUCAAAUUCAAUAUCUUCAUCUCUCUGGUGGAGCCUGGUCCAGUGAACACUGAGUUUGAAAUGAAGCUGAUGGAGGAAGUGGCACGCUCCGAGUUCCCGGGAGCUGACGCUGCCACUGUGCGUUACUUCAAGGAGAUCUAUCUACCAGCCUCGCACGAGAUAUUCACUACCAUGGGUCAGACCCCUGAGUCUGUGGCUAAGGCUGUGGUGAAUGUAAUCGCUAAGGAGCGCCCACCGUUCCGGACACAGACAAACACUCUGUACACCCCGCUGGUGGCCCUGAAGUAUGCAGACACCUCAGGGGAAUUGUCCGUCAGCACCUAUUACAACCUGCUCUUCCGCUUCACUGGCCUUUUCCACCUCAGCAUGAGUUUCCUCAGAUGCAUCACCUGCAGCUGUUUUCGGCGCCGGGUCACCCCAGCCUGAGAAGAUUGGGGGGGGGGGGCUUGAUGGUAGUGUGGCCAUGCCUCUCUGCCUUUCCCUGCUGUGCUGCUUUGAGACAGCCGGGUUCACCUAGACGUACGUGAGAUUCUUUGCUGCAAACCCAUCUGCCCUUCUUUUAAAGUCCCUGGGUUCCGGUGACUUUGCAGAUGAGGAGCGACAGUGGGGAAGGAGGUGCCAGGAGGUGAAGGUGAUGAGUUGUUUGGGAUGCAGGCAGCUAGACUGGCAGGCAUGAAUCCUAGGCAAUGUGGGAAAAUGCUAACCCUGUGCAGCAUCAUGGCCUUACACUUCAUGGUAACAGCAAUCUAGAAUGUAAUUUCUGUAAACCGCCCAGAGAGCCCUGGCUAUGGGAGUGGUAUAUAAAUGCAUAAAUAAAUAAAUAAAUAAAUAAAUAAUAAAAUGUGUAGAGACGGUCAUAAUAUAAAAUUAGAGGGAAGGAAAUGAACCCUCACAUUCUGGUAUCCUUCCUGUUUUCAGGCUCUAUAAAUAGAAUGGUAGUAAGUGAGAUUGAUAUUUUAUGGACUGUAAAAGCUCCAUCCUACAUGGCAGAGAGCAAAUGUCUUGGGCUAAUGUGAAGCAGGUACUCAUGCAUCUCAGUCACAGGAGAUCCAGAAACAAAGGAGAGUCUAAUGGCACCUUAAAGGCUAACAAAUUUAUACCAGCGUAAGUUUUCAUGGGUGCCACAAAACUGUUCUUAUUGCUGCAAUAGACUAACAAAGCUACUCUGUGGAAAUUGUAACAGGAGAUCCAUAUACACCAAGUGGCCCGAGAGCUUGCGGCUCUCACUGCAGAUGAGAAACAUGAGUCCUGCUUUGCACACUAUGAAGUUUUUCGUUACUUCUCUGUAUAUAUGAAUUGGUGUAUUAAUUGGUGAUUGCAAUAUCUAUCAUGUGAACUCCACUGGACUCCACCAUGGUGAAUGUGGCUUUUUGCUUUAUUCACCAUGGUUAACGCCAUGGGUUAAGGUGUCUUCUGAACAGUCUGGCUUUCGGCUUAACCACUGUGGUUAAAGCCAUGGUUUAAGGUGUCUUCUGAAUGCAGCCACUGUCAGCCUCUACAAGGGUAGCUGCCACACACCGCAGGUACUUCAGGUUGCCACACUUCAAUCUCAGCAAGCAGUGAAGAGGUCCAUCUUGUGACCUUUAUACAUAUAUAAGGAAAAUCAUGAAUGAUGCUCUUGACAUGGGCCUGGGAGAGUUAGCCCAUGACUGGUGCUGUUUUCUUGUUCAGGUUUGUAAUGAGCAGCGCUGCUGGUGCCAUUCCAAAAUGUUCUCCAUUCAGGUCAAACGGCCAGCUUGUCAUUUGGAGCUUUUGUGCAGAGAAUGCAAGACAGAGGUCUGAGCACUGGGAAUGCUUAUGCCGGCUUAUUUGCCAGAAGGGGAGGCAGUUGCACGUCUUAGUCACUUGCUUGAUGAAUAGAUUAAAAACCUCUCAGUUGAUUAAAAAGGUGCCACCAGGUAGAUUUUCUUUAGAGCAGACUUCCCAAAUCUGGGGUCCUCCAGUUGUGUACAACCCCCAUCAUCCCCCAGCUAUCCAUGCUGGCUAGGGGAUGCUGAGAGUUGUUUUCCAACACAUCUGGAGAAUUUCCUUCUUCUUUAAAUGUAAGUACUUUCAGGAAUUGCAGGUGGAAAAUAUCAGUACUCAGGAAGAGGCACCCUCCCACUCCCUCUCAGAGAUAGGGAUGUCUCCUCUGCUAUUUCACUUUCUGCAUCAGAUGUGGUCAUUAUCUCAGAACUAGGUUAGCUCCAGUUUCUCAGUAUGCUUGGGCAAGGAAGUUGAAGUCAGUCCCCUGCAUGCCCCCCACCAUUCGUUGUGUGCGCUCAUAUGUAAAUGUUUACACACUCCUCCCGUGGCAAGCAAGAGAGAGCAACUGUCACUGCUGAAUACCUCUCCUGCUGGAGCCAAUGGGUUGUACUCAUUGUAAAGGUGAACAGAUAGACUGUGCUGGGCAGAAGACCAAUGGGUUAUGUAGUUAGCCUGAUAUCAGUGAAUACAAAUUCUGAAUGUCAACGAACCUUAGCAGGCCACCUGGAGGCCAAGGGAGGGGUGAAACGCAGGUCAGAAGGGUAAUCCUGUUUAGCACUGAUAUGCACCAAGUCUGCAUCACAAAGGCCCUGGCUGAGCCGCCUGGGGCGUGGGGAGAAGGGCAGACAGCGGUUUUUAAAAAGGCGGCAAGCCUUGGCGCCAAGAAGGAGGGGGGAGGGUGAAAGCAAACAAGGGGAAAAGGUUAUUUAACUGAGAGCCCAUCCUAGAACUCCUGUGCUGAUCUUACCUCGCCAAAGGAUGCGGAGAGAACCAUGAUGAGAGAGGCAAGGCCCUACCAGCGAGUAGGUAGCAACAGUUAAGGUUUUAUUAUUUUUACGUUACUGGGUUUUUUAUGCUAUGCAUGUUUCAAGUUAUUCUUCAUUAUUUCCCCCAUGUAUUUACCCUACCCUUAAUCUUAAUAAAGCCUUCUGCUUUACA